AUGUUAUUGAAUGGUACAACACUGUAUGAGCUGUAUGAUUAUUUCUCUGUUUCUGAUGAAGCAGACAAGUAUCAGCUGUUUCUGUCUGGACCUGCCACGGGAACUUUAGGGGGCAGAAUGUUAAACACGGGGGAUUCUUACUCAGAUCUGUCUGGGGUGUCAUUCUCCACCCUGGACAGAGACCACGACAGAUGGUAUGGUGGUAGCUGUGCUGUUAGUUAUUGUGGAGGAGGAGGCUGGUGGUAUAACAAUUGUCAGUACGCCAACCUUAACGGUCCCUGGUCUCCAGCAUACUGGGUCUAUCCGUGGUAUCCGACACUUGAUAAUGGUAGAGAUAUAAAGAAAACUGUCAUGAUGAUCAGACGACAUUAG